UGUCCCUCCUCGGCCACCGUAGGCAACGUCACACACAAAUACAGUCAACCAACCCCAUCAGCUAGCUUCUUGCUAACAAAAAUGUCUUUUACGUUGUAUUCUCUCAUUCAAGCUGCGAUUUUAUGCGUCAAUGCUGUUGCUGUGUUACACGAAGAACGAUUUCUAAGUAAAAUUGGCUGGGGAGUGGACCAAAGUGUCGGAGGUUUCGGUGAUGAACCAGGCAUCAAGGCGCAGAUGAUGACCCUCAUUCGCUCUGUGAGGACGGUCAUGAGAGUGCCGUUGAUCGCUGUGAACUCAGUCUGCAUUGUGCUGCUGCUCCUCUUUGGAUGACGAGAUGGGACAAACGGUUCAGACGUCAGGAGAACACGCCGUCCCCUCAGGAACCUUUCUGCAGGAGCAUCUUCUCUCUUUGGCACAGACGAUGUUUACCACCAAGUCUCUUCAUUUGAUCAUUCACAUGAAGUCUAGACAUGUUUGAUGAGCUGGUUUUUUUACGACACAAUACUCCAAAACAGUUACCUUCCCUCCUUGAUUGUGAAGUACGUUAAAGGUCGGGUUGUUAAGAGUUGAUUUGCCUUUAAUAAAAUGAUUGCUAUGAACACAA